AUAACCACGCUGUUGCUCUUACACGCCCCGAAAUCACCCUCUCUGGACCAACCCGCUAAUGCUCAAAAGCCUCUCGCUCGCGACUCGCCUUUUCCCUCCCCUGUUUUGAACACGCCCUUUAAAAAUUCUCUCUCAAACUGAAGAAGGAGGAGGAGAAAGAGCAACGAGUACACGAUGAGAUUCUUCGGCAGGGGUUCCGGUGACUCUCCCCAAACACCGCCGGAGCCGCCAACACCUCCGUCGCCGGCGGCUGCCGCCGCACUCGGACCGGCGAGGCCGAUCCGCCUCGUGUACUGCGACGAGAAGGGGAAGUUUCGGAUGGACCCGGAGGCCGUGGCGACGCUUCAGCUCGUCAAAGGACCCGUCGGGGUCGUCUCCGUUUGCGGUCGCGCUCGCCAAGGCAAGAGCUUUAUACUUAAUCAGCUUCUUGGGAGGAGUAGUGGAUUUCAAGUGGCUUCAACUCAUCGGCCUUGUACUAAAGGGCUCUGGUUGUGGAGUGCACCCAUAAAGAGAACUGCUCUUGAUGGAACUGAAUACAAUCUCUUACUAUUAGAUAGUGAAGGAAUUGAUGCUUAUGAUCAAACGGGAACAUACAGCACGCAGAUAUUCUCCUUAGCCGUUCUCCUAUCAAGCAUGUUCAUUUACAACCAGAUGGGUGGAAUUGAUGAAGCUGCGCUUGAUCGGCUCUCUCUUGUCACUGAAAUGACAAAACAUAUUCGUGUUAGAGCCUCAGGGGGGAGAACUAAUGCUUCUGAACUCGGGCAGUUCUCCCCAAUCUUUGUCUGGCUUCUAAGGGACUUUUAUUUGGACUUGGUGGAGGAUAACAGGAAAAUAACACCGCGUGAUUACCUAGAGCUUGCUUUGAGGUCAGUCCAAGGCGGUGGAAGAGAUCUAACUGCCAAAAAUGAGAUCAGGGAGUCGAUUCGAGCACUUUUUCCAGACAGAGAAUGCUUCACCCUUGUGCGGCCUUUGAGCAACGAAAAUGAUCUUCAGCGACUUGACCAAAUUCUAUUGGACAAAUUAAGACCAGAAUUUAGGUCUGGUCUUGAUGCUUUUACAAGGUUUGUUUUUGAGAGGGCAAGGCCAAAGCAAGUAGGAGCUACAGUAAUGACAGGACCUAUUCUUGCUCGCAUUACUCAGUCUUUCCUAGAUGCACUUAACAAUGGUGCAGUGCCUACAAUAACCUCUUCAUGGCAGAGUGUCGAAGAAGCGGAGUGUCAGAGAGCAUAUGAUAUUGCAGCUGAAGUUUAUAUGUCUGCUUUUGACCGUUCAAAACCUCCUGAGGAAUUUGCAAUAAGAGAAGCACAUGAAGAGGCUGUUCAGAAAUCUGUGGCUGCAUUUGAUGCUAGUGCUGUUGGGGCUGGUUCAGCUAGGCAGAAAUAUGAAGCGCGCCUUCAGAAAUUUAUAAAAAAGGCAUUUGAGGAUUAUAAAAGGGACGCUUUUAGGGAGGCACAUUUACAAUGUACAAAUGCUAUUCACAACAUGGAAAAGGAACUGAGAACGGCUUGUCAUGCUCCUGAUGCAAAAAUAGAUACUGUCCUUAAAGUUCUUGAUGGUCUUCUAUCCAAGUAUAAAGUAUCAUGUCAUGGCCCAGAGAAAUGGCAGAAGCUGAUUGUAUUCUUACAGCAGAGUUUGGAGGGUCCGAUUCUUGACCUUUUGAAGAAGCAAAUGGACCAAAUUGGAUCAGAGAGGAGCUCUUUCAUGUUGAAAUGUCGCUCGGUUGAAGAUAAGAUGGAAUUACUUAACAAGCAACUAGAAGCUAGCGAGAAGUAUAAAUCUGAAUACUUGAAGCGUUAUGAGGAUGCUAUCAACGACAAGAAGAAGCUUUCUGAUGACUAUAUGAGUCGCAUAACUAAUUUGCAGAGUAAAUGUAGCUCACUAGAAGAGAGGUGCACCAGCUUGUCAAAAAUGUUAGAUGCUGCCAGGCAGGAAUCCUUGGAAUGGAAAAGAAAAUACGAACACGUAAUAGCAAAGCAGAAGGCUGAGGAAGAACAUGCCAAUGCAGAAAUAGCGGUUCUGAAGUCCAAGAUCAGUGCUGCUGAAGCGAGGUUGGCUGCUACUCGGGAACAAGCUCAGUCUACUCAAGAGGAAGCAGUGGAGUGGAAACGGAAAUAUGACACUGCAGUUAGAGAAGCAAGAGCUGCUAUUGAGAAGGCAGCAGUUGUGCAAGAACGUGCAAGUAAGCAAACACAACAGAGAGAAGAUGUUUUGAGAGAAGAAUUUUCUAGGACUUUGACUGAUAAGGAGGAGGUGAUAAGGAACAAGGCAACGAAGGUUGAAUAUGCUGAGCAGCGUUUAACAAGUUUGGGUUUGGAGUUGAAGGCGGCUGAGUCAAAGAUAAAGAACUAUGAUCUAGAACUAUCAACCUUGAAGCUUGAAGUUAAGGAAUUGGGUGCGAGGUUAGAAACAGUAAAUGCUACUGCACAAUCAUUCGAAAGAGAAGCUAGGAUACUGGAACAAGAAAAAAUCCAUCUUGAGCAAAAGUACAGUUCCGAAUUCAUUAGGUUUGAGGAAGUCCAGGAAAGAUGUAGAAUUGCUGAAAGAGAAGCUAAAAGAGCUACUGAGUUGGCUGACAAGGCACGGACAGAAGCAGUCACUGUGCAGAAGGAAAAGAGUGAGAUUCAGCGAUUAGCAAUGGAAAGAUUGGCUCAAAUUGAGAGAGCUGAGAGGCAUAUUGAAAAUUUGGAGAGGCAGAAAGCUGGCCUGGCUGCUGACGUAGAGAGAUUCCGUCUCUCUGAGACGGGUGCUGUUUCCAAAGUUGUGAUGCUGGAGGCACGUGUCGAAGAAAGGGAGAAAGAAAUAGAGUCUCUGUUAAAGUCGAACAAUGAAGAAAGGGCUGGUACGGUUCAAGUCCUUGAGAGUCUUUUGGAGACUGAGCGUGCAGCAUGUGUAGAAGCAAACAGGAGGGCGGAAACACUUUCUCUUCAGCUUCAAGCCACACAAGGAAAACUUGAUCUACUCCAGCAGCAGUUGACAUCAGUUCGUCUCAAUGAAACAGCAUUAGGUAGCAAGCUCAAGACUGCUUCCCAUGGGAAACGAUCGAGGGUAGAUGACGAUGAAAUGGAUCUGGAUACUGGUCAUGAUAUGGACUAUGAUGACAACAUAAUCAGAGGGAAUAAGAGGUCCAAGAGUACAACUAGUCCUUCACAGUUUGUGCAGCCAGAAGAUGGUGGUGGUUCAGUGUUUAUGGGUGAUGAAGGAAACCACAGCCAGCAAACCAACUCCGAAGAUUAUACAAAGUUCACGGUCCAGAAACUUAAGCAAGAACUCACGAAACAUAAUUUUGGGGCCGAGCUGCUUCUCUUGAGGAAUCCCAACAAGAAAAACAUCAUUGCUCUUUAUGAGAAACAUGUUCUACAGAAGUCGUAACGUUUCAAUUGUUGUUUGUCAAGGAAGGUUGCAUUGCGGGCAGUUUAUGAUCUAUUAAGCACCAAGGUUGAUUGGCUGACAGCUUUUUAGUACAGAGUUGGGAACAUCUUUUGGUGCAACCACUAUUUAUGACAUUUAGGCGUCCUCUAUCUCACUCCCUCGUAUUUUCUGAUUGCCUGAAUGUUUUUGUAUGUGUUAGUACUGUUACUUAAUGAUAGUGAAGUUAUAACGA